AUGAGCACGACCGCAACGGAAGUCAAGCCCACCAAGGCAAACAUUGGCGUCUACACGAAUCCGAAGCAUGAGCUGUGGGUCGCAGAAGCACAGCCGAGCCUGGAGGAAGUGGAAAAGGGAGGGGACUUGAAGGAAGGAGAAGUCCUAUUGAACGUAAAGAGCACUGGCAUCUGCGGCAGCGACAUACACUUCUGGCACGCUGGUGCAAUAGGUCCCAUGAUCGUCGAAGACACGCACAUCCUCGGCCACGAGUCCGCCGCCCUCGUCCUCGCCGUCCACCCCUCCGUAACCACCCUCGCCCCCGGCGAUCGCGUAGCCAUCGAGCCCAACAUACCCUGCCACGCCUGCGAGCCCUGCCUCACGGGCCGCUACAACGGCUGCGAGCGCGUGCUGUUCCUGUCCACGCCGCCCGUCGCCGGCCUGCUGCGCCGCUACCUCAAGCACCCGGCCGUUUGGUGCCACAAGCUGCCGGCCAAUCUCUCGUACGAGGACGGCGCUCUGCUCGAGCCGCUUAGCGUCGCGCUCGCCGGCCUCGACCGCGCAGGAGUCCGCCUUGGCGACCCCGUCGUCGUCUGCGGCGCCGGCCCCAUCGGCCUCGUCACCGCGCUGUGCUGCAGGGCUGCUGGCGCUGCGCCCCUCGCUAUCACGGACAUCGACCCGGGCCGCCUCGCCUUCGCCGCGGAGCUCAUCCCGGGCAUCCUCACACAUAAAGUCGAGCUCAGCGACUCGCCCGAGGACUUCCGCGCCGCCGUCGUGCGGCUCAUGGCCGGCGUCGAGCCCGCCAUUGCCAUGGAGUGCACGGGCGUCGAGUCCAGCAUCUGCGGCGCCAUCCACGCCGUCAAGUUCGGCGGGAAGGUGUUCGUCAUCGGCGUCGGCAGGAACGAGAUGACGAUCCCGUUUAUGCGGCUGAGUACGCGCGAGGUCGAUCUGCAGUUCCAGUACCGCUAUGCGAAUACGUGGCCCAGGGCGAUAAGGCUGGUGCAGAAUGGCGUUGUGGAUUUGAGGAGGCUGGUUACGCAUCGGUUUGGGCUGGAGGAUGCGGUCGAGGCGUUUAGGACGGCGAGUGAUCCGAAGACGGGCGCUAUUAAGGUGCAGAUUCAGAGUUUGGAUUAG